GGCAUUAAACCCCGGAAGCAGGAGGUGUUUACAACAGGAAGCUAAGCUAACUCCAGUUAGUAGAGAGUUUGAAGCUCGUCAGAAGAGCUCCGUGUUUCCUGAGUUUCUCUGUGUCUGCGGGAAUAGUCUCAGGAGUCAGGAUGAGUCUGCAGUGGACCGCCGUCGCCACCUUCCUCUACGGUGAAGUCUUCUUCGUUCUGCUGCUCUGCAUCCCCUUCAUCUCACCCAAGAGGUGGAGUAAGAUCUUUAAGUCUCGGAUCAUCCAGACCAUCGCUCUCUAUGGAAACACCUCCUUCAUGGUGGCCAUCGCCAUCCUGGUCUUCCUGCUCAUCGAUGCUUUCCGCGAGGUGAGGAAGUACAGCGUGCCGGAGAAGGUGGAUCUGACCAACAACCCCACGGCCAUCGAACACAUCCACAUGAAACUGUUCAGAGCGCAGAGGAACGAGUACAUCGCCGGCUUCGCCCUGCUGCUCUGCCUGUUGCUGCGUCGCCUGGCCACGCUGCUCUCCCAGCAGGCCACCUUCAUGGCCUCCAACGAAGCCUUCAAGAAGCAGGCGGAGGGCGCCAGCAACGCCGCCAAGAAAUACAUGGAGGAGAACGAGCUGCUGCAAGAGAAACUCCGUAACGCUGGUCUCGAUCUGCCGGAGGCCGGGAAGAAGGGAGCCGGACCGGUGGAGGAGAACAAGAACCUGAAGGAGGAGGUGAAGACUCUGAAGGAGGAGCUGGACAACAACAAGAAAGCUCUGCAGAAGUCGGACAGUGACGUUCGUGCGAUGAAGAGUCAGGCGGAGAAUCUGACGGUGGAGUACGACCGACUGCUGGACGAACACAGCAAACUGAUGGCAACAAGCGACAAGAAGUCAGACUGAGAAGGAUUUCCAGCUUCUAUCAUCUUCAUCAUCGUCUUCAAAGAACAGCCUGCUGCUUCUGCAUCAGUGAUGUCACUUCCUUAUUUGGACGACGGCUCGCUGUGAUUGGUUUAUUUCAUGUGGCUUAAAAAACAUAUACAUCUCAUCUGACUGUCAAAAAAAAAAAAAGUGGGCUGUCUGUGAAACUUUCAGACGAGGUUUUCUGUUUGUUUGUUUGUGUUGUUUGUUUGAGGAACAUCUGAUCAUUCCCUGUUUCCUACAGCUCGAGAGAAACUAAAAAAACAACCUGAAUUUCAUAACUUUCUGCUUUUUCUUUUGUUGCAAGAAACAGAAUAUUCCCAAAAAUUUGAGGUCCAAAGAAUUCAAUACACCCGCUCUCCUGUAUUGAUAACUAAAAUAUUGCACAUUUAAGGAUUACAAUUGAACGUGGCCAAACACAAUCCUUCAGAAAUGACCUUUUUAACCUUAAUGUUUUAUUUGUUAAGUGGAUUUCGGGUUGAAAAAACAAUGAAAACUGUUGAAUGUACUGUUGAAACUUGGAUCUACAGUCUGUGAAUCACGUUGUAUGAGCCAAACAAAAACACCCGAGUCUCCUCUUACCUGCUUCCCUUUCUUUGAAAUAAUGCCCAAAUCCUUAUUAUGAUGAUUUCUACACUGGUUAUCUUUAAUAUCCUGAAGUUUCUACGCUCACCUAUCGACAUAUUUCCAACUCAAACGGUAAAAUAAAGGAUAAACAAAUGACCAGACGUUUGUUUUGCUCGUACAAAGUGAUCCGUCUUAUUUCUUUGUGGUAAUAAACUUGGUUGGUUUGAAGAUUUUGUUAUAGGUUUGUCAUUAAGUUAAUCGGUUUUCACUUAUUUCUUUGUGUUAUUUAGGUAUUUUUCUUGUUUUGUGGCUUUCAGACUAAGAUUUUCUCUCUGGUAAAACAAGUUUGUGGACCCGUUUCACCUUUAAACCAUCAAACACUAUAUUCUUAUUGUUUUGAUUGUUUGAUAGAUGGUGCAGCUGUAAAGGAUUAAUACAUGUUUUAAUUAACUGUAAAAACUGUCAUUCCUCUUCUGUCCACUUACAUGCACAAAAUCAUGUUCACUGUCUCAGUUUUCAUCACGUUUAGCUGCACUGAUCAUCAGUCUGUGUUCGACGCUUUACGGCAAAAUUGGGUAGGAAUUUGUGAGCAGAUGACGAUUGUGAGCAAAUUGGGGUAAAAAAAAAACAUCACAAAGCGGUCUGAAUAAGAAACGGAUGAGAUACUUAAUGACGUGUAGUAAAUUAACAUCGACUGCUGCCGAACAAAAAGAAAUGGACAGUUUUCCAUUGACUCCUCUUCACUUACAGAGACACUGACAUUAACAAUUCGUCUAAAUUACUUGAUAAGAAUAUCUGCAUGAGCAGUUAUGCAAAGAGGCCCUGUCACCUUGUGUUCAAAUCAGCUAGUGUUGAAUUAAAUAACUGCAAAACAUGAGAAAUUGGAACGAUUUUCAGGCUGAUAUUGAAGCGCUAAUUUAUUUGAUCUGAGCCGGUAAACAUCGUCCAUUUUCCAUCAUGUUUAUCAUUAGCAACACUGACGAGAAAGGACAUGCUUAAGUGUCGCGUCAAACAGAAAUCAGCUUCCUUUAUGAGCGUCACAGGAAAUGCUAAAAUACACAAAAACAGAAGAAAAUAUUGUGCAGCUGACAGCAUGUGUUUCUCUUGAAUGACCCGGUGGAUGUUUAGCUUUUAAAUGUUCGCCAUAUUUCAAACUAAAACUAAAAUAUGUGGUGAAAUCCCAGCGUUUCACAGCUAAUGUAGGGUUGAGUCCACACAGUUCUCACGCCUCACUUGGUUUACGUCUGUUUCUUCUUAUUUUGAAGUAUAGUUUCUACAGUAGGGUGAGUUGCCCUAAUGUGGGACACUCCCUAAUGUGGGACACUUAAGGCUUAAUGGUUGUAGGUCUUCCGCAAACAAAUUAGAGUCAAUGAAACUUAACACAAGCUGUGAUGUCAUGCGAUCAAAAUCACAUGACUUCUCAAAUGUCCAAUCACAGAUGAGGGUGGAGCAACCUUCAAACAAGUGUCCCACAUUAGGCUUAAAGCAAAAAGAGUGUCCCACAUUAGGGCAACUCACCCUAUGUCUACUUUCUUGCAUGAGCACACACUUUCGUUUGUUAAAAUAUAUGUUUUCUGGUUAUAUAAAGACUUGUGGGACUUGUAUUUUGAUAGUCUGUCACGUUUAUUUGAUGCUGAAUGUGUUAUUCUGUAUUUUGGUUUCAUAUACUUGUUACAUCUUUAAGAAAGUGUGAUGAUGCUGAGAGAAAUUCACCUUUAAUGCUUUAUGAUGAGACAUGAAUAUUCAGGCUGAUUUAACGAAGCGUCUGUGGUUAUUCAGACCAAACCUCAUGCUGCAUAUCUCUGUAUUUAAACACAGAAAUGUUCUCUUGUUUAAUUUUCACCUGUGUGUUGUUUUUGAAGACUGAUGGUGUGUAACUCUAGAGUUUCGGAGGGAUCACGGUGAACUGUAUCUGGACUCAUCGUGUCAGAAAAUUGGAAGUUUUGAAAUAAACCAGCAAAGGAACUUC